CACCACACCUGCCGUCAUCGCCGCUCUGCUCUAAUCAAUCGAGAUGAAAGCGCGCGCCGUUUUGGCGUCUGACCGCCCACCGUAAGCUGCAUUCUUCCGACAGCGCCCCCCACCAGCAGCGCGCACCACGCGCAUGACUUCGACCGCAGCCUGCACGCACGACGCCUGCUUGGCCGCCAGAGCGCUGGGGAGCCCGGCUGCGCUCGCCAACCCGCCGCGCUGUCUCUCCAUGUCUUCAGUCAGCUUGGGGGAGUACGAGACGAGCCCGCGGCGUGCAUGUCGCGGCCGCAUCGCCGUCAAUCAGCCCUCUCUGAGCAUCGAACGGCCACACCCGCUUCAACCCGCAGUCAUUCCACAGCCGGCCGCCUUCGCGCCGGAGUCUCCUGUUUUUCAUCUUCAAACUCCCGUACCAGCGCGCUCCGUCCCUUUUGCACGUCAGCUGGUGCGUCUGGGAAGUAGCGGUCGGCGGCGGGUAUCGCCAUUGUCGAACCAUUGCCCCUCCUUUGCAAACACCCCCGGGCGCUGCUGGACGUUGCACGGCAUGUCCGCUACACAGUACACGCUGCUCCCAUAUUGCUUGCAACAACGCAGCCCCGCGAAGACAGUGCGCUCUCCAGGACCUGCAGGACCUGCAGCGAAACGGGCCUCUGGCGGCGCGCUUUUGGAGACAUGCAGAUCGCCCUCGUCCGCGUCCAAUGGCCGCCUCCAACGCCGCAUUCAUGUUGGCAAACGUGCAUCCACCACCAUGCACCUCGAUUCUCUACUGCCUAUGCGUCUCCAGCUUGGCCGCCUAAGAGAUCCAGACCCGCUAACGCUGCACCCAAGGCGGGCCCGCUGGGCUCAUCCAACCAUCACCCUGUGGGGCCCUGCUGUUUUCUACUAUUCCCGCCCCGCCCCAUUCCUAUUCGCGCUCCCAAGACCUGGGGAAACUGGAUACCGGGAAGCCCCCGAAUCCAGUGGAAUGCUGCGGAAGCCCUCCUUAACCUACGCUAUUGCUCCAACGGCCAUCGCCAUUCCGAAGUAGCAUCUCAGCAGCAUCAGACGACCACCUCGUACCCGCGAGAAUCGCCACGCAGCACAGCAGAACACCUCAGCCCCGGACUGAAUUGGUA